AUGCCUGUCACGUUUGCAAAAUACCUCGAGCAGCUCGUUGACACGAUCACGAGGAGGGAAGGCAACGAGCUCGCAUUUCUGUUACGGCCAUCCAGUCCUCACGCCUCGCCGUUGGCAGACGAGUUCCGCAACCCAACGCCGAGAUCGUUUGCUAGAUACCGCGGGUUUAUUGAGGCGCCAUGGGACGACGUCGCAAUUCACUACGUGCUCGUCGCAUACCACCACUCGAGAGAUCAGUUCGGAGAGGCGUAUAGAGAGCAGGCAGCACUGGUGAAUGCAUUUUACAAUUUCUUCCAAAAGAGCGACGGCUGGUCGCUGCCUACGCUUCUGGCGAUUCUACGCGACUUGCGAGUUCUCGCCUAUGAAGCUGAUAUCCGGAAUCAAGGCGAUUCUUCAGAGCCCCGAAUGGAGGACGCGUCCAGAGUUAUCCAGCGGGCGUUCAACCUGUGCUUGCAGGACAGGGAUUCGCCAUACGAGAACUCUCGCAAAUGGGGCGUUUAUGGUGUCGUAGGCCUCAUUCUGAAGAGCUACUUCCGGAUUCGCAAGAUAUCACUUUCUGUGCCAAUCUUGCGAGCGCUCGGUGCUAACAAAGAUCUGCCCCCGCUCAGUGAUUACCCCAAGCCGCACCAGGUCACCUACAAGUACUAUCUGGGUAUGAUCGCGUUCCUCGAAGAGAGGUAUGCGGAGGCUGAGAAGGAACUGACGCAGGCCUUCGACGCUUGCUAUUCCGAGGCUCACAACAACCUUCAGAUGAUACUGACCUAUCUCAUACCACUAAGGCUCUUCCGCGGACAUAUGCCGUCGGCGGCCCUUCUGACUGCAUAUCCAGCCCUAGAGAACUUGUACUCGCAAUUCCUCACUGCGAUCUGCAAGGGGGACAUCGAGUCUUACGACAAGGCGCUCGUCCGCUUAGAGCGUCCCCUCAUUGAUCUGAAUCUGUACCUCAUGCUCGAAAAGGCUCGUGAACUGUGCAUCCGCGGCUUGUUCCGUCGUGUAUGGGUUGCGACCUCGAAGGGCUCUCAGAUAACUGUCUCCUUCUUCCAUGCGGCGUUACGGCUGGCCGGUCAGGAUGUCGAUCUGGACGAGGCGGAGUGUCUUGUGGCUAUCAUGAUCGCAAGAGGCUAUAUCAAAGGCUACAUUUCCCACGCCAAAAGGACGGUCGUGCUGUCCAAGGUGGACGCCUUUCCGGCUUUGACCUCACGCGCGACACCCUACGUACUGUAUUAG